AUGAUGACAACGGGGUGCUCAAUGGAAACUGGAGUGAGAAUUUCAUGGAUGGCGUCAACCCCGCAGAGUGGACGGGCAGCGUGGCCAUCCUGAAGCAGUGGCACACCACGGGCUGCCAGCCAGUGCGCUACGGGCAGUGCUGGGUCUUUGCCGCCGUCAUGUGCACAGGUAGGAGUGAUGAGAUGCCUGGGGAUCCCCACCCGUGUAGUCACCAACUUUGACUCUGGCCAUGACACAGAUGGAAAUCUGAUCAUAGAUGAGUAUUAUGACAACACGGGCAGGAUUUUGGAGAAUAAGAAGAAGGAUACGGUCUGGAAUUUCCACGUCUGGAAUGAGUGCUGGAUGGCCCGAACAGACCUCCCUCCUGGAUUUGGAGGCUGGCAGGUGCUGGACGCCACACCUCAGGAGACAAGCAAUGGCCUCUACUGCUGUGGCCCAGCCUCGGUCAGAGCCAUCAAGGAAGGAGAAGUGGAUCUGAACUAUGACACACCCUUUGCAUUCUCUAUGGUGAAUGCUGACUGCAUGUCCUGGUUGGUCUACAGAGGGACAGAGCAGAGACUCCACCGGGACACGAGUACUGUUGGCAAUAUGAUCAGCACUAAGAGCAUCCAGGGUGACGAGCGGGAUGACAUCACAGAGAACUACAAGUAUGAAGAAGGUACCCCCCAGGAGAGACAGGUGUUUCUGAAGGCUCUCCAGAAGCUGAAUGCUGGGAAGUCCCUGGGCCCUCACCGAGCAGACUCACAGGCUGGGCCCGUGUCCCUGAGUCAGGGCAGUCCUCGGAGCUCAGGCGCGUCUUCCCUUCGAACUGCUGACAUCCAGAUCUCCCUGAAGUUCAGGCUGCUCGACCCACCCUACAUGGGCCAGGAUAUAAACUUUGUCCUGCUGGCCCUCAACAUGUCAUCCCAGUUCAAGGACCUCAAAGUGAACCUGAGUGCCCAGUCCCUGCUGCAUGAUGGCAGUCCCCUGCCCCCAUUCUGGCAGGACGUGGUGUUCAUCACACUCACUUCGGAAGAAGCAAAGACCCACCGCUGCACAAUCCCCUACUCCCAGUACAGCCAGUACCUGUCGACAGACAAGCUGAUCCGCAUCAGUGCCCUGGGAGAAGAGAAGAACACCCCUGGAAAAAUCCUGGUGGACAAGAUUAUCACCUUAGCUUAUCCAAGCAUCAUGAUUAAUGUUCUAGGAGCAGCCGUUGUGAACCAGCCGCUCUCCAUACAGGUGAUAUUUUCAAACCCCCUUGAGGAGCAGGUUGAGGACUGUGUGCUGACCAUGGAAGGAAGUGGCCUCUUCAAGAAACAGCUGAGGGUCCUCAUUGGAGUCCUCAAACCUCACCACAAAGCCAGCAUCACUCUGAAGACUGUCCCCUUCAAGAGUGGCCAAAGACAGAUUCAAGCUAAUCUGAGGAGCAACAAAUUUAAGGACAUCAAGGGUUAUAGGAACAUCUACGUGGACUUCGGGUUAUAA